AUGAAGGGAAAAUUCUUCUGCUUUCUGCUAGCUUUGCAAAUAUUGAGUUGGGUUUCUACAGCAAGGAGGCCAUUUCUUCCAGCUGAUGGCAUUUCACACCCAGCUCGAGAAGAGGCUCUACAGUCUUCACCACACACUAAAGAAUCAAAAAAGGGUUUGAUUGGCACAGAAGGUAUGUCAGAGACAAGGCAGGAAGCAUAUGAUAGAGGAGUCAGCAAAAUAGGGUCAAGUCCACCAAGCUGUGAGCACAAGUGCUAUGGUUGUGUGCCAUGUGAAGCCAUCCAAGUCCCCAGCACUAGCAGCCAUUUGGGCAUCCAGUAUGCCAAUUAUGAGCCCGAGAGCUGGAAAUGCAAGUGUGGUCCCUCCUUCUAUAGCCCAUGA